AUGAGCUCUGCGCAAGAGAUGUCGUAGCAGAAUCAAGCUAGUCUGAUCUCUGUGUUUCUUCUAAAUCGUGUAGUCAUUCUGGAAAGUAACGAGCAGUCAUUCAUAUUAGCUAAGUAGAAGUGGAGUUUGCAAGUUCUAGCAUUAGGGAACAUACUGCAACGCCUUCGCGAUGUCUAUUAUGUCCUAUAAUGGAGGGGCCGUCAUGGCCAUGCGGGGGAAGAACUGUGUGGCGAUAGCAGCAGACCGGAGAUUUGGCAUUCAGGCUCAGAUGGUCACCACAGAUUUCCAGAAGAUCUUCCCCAUGGGAGAUAAGCUUUACAUCGGGCUGGCUGGACUGGCCACUGAUGUUCAGACAGUAUCCCAGAGGCUUAAAUUCCGACUGAACCUGUAUGAGCUAAAGGAGGGUCGCCAGAUCAAGCCCAAGACCUUCAUGAGCAUGGUGUCCAACCUGUUGUAUGAAAGGAGGUUUGGGCCAUACUACAUCGAGCCGGUGAUUGCCGGGCUAGAUCCCAAAACCUCAGAGCCAUUUAUCUGCUCCUUGGAUCUGAUUGGCUGCCCCAUGGUGACAGAAGACUUUGUUGUGAGCGGCACCUGCUCAGAGCAGAUGUACGGCAUGUGUGAAUCUUUGUGGGAGCCAGACAUGGAACCCGAGGACCUGUUUGAGACAAUCUCCCAGGCCAUGCUGAAUGCAGUUGAUAGAGAUGCAGUGUCCGGUAUGGGAGUCGUUGUACAUGUCAUCGAGAAAGACAAGAUCACCACACGGACCCUUAAAGCCAGGAUGGACUAGAGCUUCUGUUUCUCCCCACACUUCAACACGGAUGUUUUGUAUAAAAAUGCUUGUACUGUCUUUUUUUCUUCAAUAAAUCAACAUAGGUUUAAGCACUGAA